AUGACUAGACCCGGUUCAACCCGACCAUUAGGUUGGACUGAAUUUCGGGCAUGGGUCUGGGGUUCUGGGGUUCUGGGGUUCAAGGUCUGGGUUCAGGGUUCAGGGUUCAGGGUUUGGGGUUCGGGUUUGGGGUUGGGGUUUUCGGGGUUCAGGGUUCAGGGUUCAGGGGUUACGGGGUUUACGGUUUACAGUUUAGGGUUUACGGUUUACGGUUCGGGGUUCGGGGGUUUGGGCUCGGGGACGGGGUCGGGGGUCGGGGUCGGGGGUCCGGGGGGGACCGGGGUUUGGGGUUGGGGUUUUGGGGGUUUGGGGGUUGGGGGUUGGGGGUUGGGGGUUUCGAGUUCGGGUUCGGGGUUCGGGGUUGGGGUGGGGGGUUGGGGGUUGGGGUCUAGGGUCUGGGGUCUGGUGGGGUCUGGGGUCUGGGGGGUCUGGGGUCUGGGUCUGGGGGUCUGGGUCAGGGUCGGGUCUGGGUCGGGGUCGGGGUGUUGUGGGUCGGGGUUUUGGGGUCGGGGUUUUGGGGUCGGGGUUGGGG